CCAGGCAGGCUCAGUGAGACAGGAGCUGUUCUACAGGCAGUAGGUAAUGAGUCUUUGUGCAGACUAGAGCUCUUAACACUGAACAAUAAAGCAUAUGCUAGCAGCUAUAAAACACCGCUUUGGGAAAUUAGGGAAAAAAAGCAUUAUUCAAACGCAGAAGACAAUAAAUAACCUUGACUGUGCUGUGUUUUAAAUAUCAGUAAUCAAGAUUCCAUGGAUUGUAAUUAGGAUUGCUGCAUAUCAAGAGUGCAUGGAUUGGGGAACUGCAAUUUGAGCAGGUAGAUGUGAUAGUGUUGCAGCGAUGAGUGGAAUUUUAAAGAGGAAGUUUGAAGAAGUGGAUGGAUCAUCACCCUGUUCUUCUGUCCAGGAAUCAGAUGAUGACAUUUCCAGCAGCGAAAGUGCAGACAGCAGUGACAGUGUCAAUCCAUCCAACUCCAGUCAUUUUACACCAUCAUCAAUUUUGAAGAGAGAGAAACGAUUGAGAGACAAGAAUGUACGAUUCAACUGCGUCACAGUAUAUUACUUUACCAGGAGACAAGGAUUCACAAGUGUGCCCAGUCAAGGGGGAAGCACGCUGGGGAUGUCUAGCCGUCACAACAGCAUUCGUCAGUAUACUCUGGGAGAGUUUGCUGUAGAACAAGAUCGGUUACAUAAAGAAAUGUUGAGAGACCAUCUUAGAGAAGAAAAGUUGAAUUCUCUAAAACAGAAGAUAACUAAAAAUGGCACAAUAGAAUCUGAAGAAGCCAACAUUCUUACACUGGAUGAUAUUUCAGAUGAUGACAUUGAUUUGGAUAACACUGAAGUAGAUGAGUAUUUCUUUCUACAACCUCUGCCAACAAAGAAGCGGAGAGCCUUGUUGCGGGCAUCUGGGGUAAAGAAGAUCGAUGUGGAAGAGAAACAUGAGCUGAGAGCAAUCCGUCUGUCUAGAGAAGACUGUGGUUGUGACUGCAGAAUAUUUUGUGAUCCAGAAACAUGCACAUGCAGCCUCGCAGGCAUAAAAUGUCAGGUGGAUCGUAUGUCUUUUCCUUGUGGCUGUUCCAAAGAAGGAUGCAGUAAUACAGCCGGACGAAUCGAGUUUAACCCUAUUCGUGUACGGACACACUUUCUGCACACUAUUAUGAAGCUGGAGUUAGAGAAGAAUAGAGAACAGCAAGUUUCUGCAGCAAAUGGUUGCCAUGGUGAAGUCGGCUCAAUUGCCAACUCUAUGGUCCAACCCGGCCACCCUGUAGAAUAUUCUAUUGCAGAGAAUUUUAAAAUUGAAACAGACCCCCAGUCUGCAAUGAUGCACUUUCAGACUUCAGAGCACUUGGACUACAAUGGUGAAGAUGAGGAGGAAGAUGAUGGGAGUAGCUACUGCAGUGGAGUGACUGAUUCUAGCACACAGAGUUUAGCACAGAGUGAGUCAGAUGAUGAUGCUGAAGAUGAUGAUGAUGAUGAAGAGGAUGAUGACGAUGGUGACAAAUCAGAUGAUUUUAAUGAUGUACCCCAUGAAGAUAACCUACCAGUACCUUCAGUGCUCUGCUAUUCUGAUACCAACGUAAUGCAUGAAAAUCAUUUAAAAAAUGCUGCAUAUUAUGCCAACCCCUCAACGCUGUAUUAUCAAAUAGACCACCAUAAUUCUGGCACAACAAAUCAGAUUCCAGAGGGCUAUUCGGAACGGGAUGCAGUGAAAAAUGGUUCUCAGAGUUUGGUGCCUUACAACAUGAGACCUGACCAGUUUGUGGACUAUUCAAGGCAAUCUGGCGAAGGAUACACCAAUUCUCAUUACCCAACGACAAGUCCAUCUGUGAUCGUUUGCUGUGCUUCUGAAAAUGACAACAACGGCCAUUGCAAUUCUUUGUACACGGAACAUCGGUCAAGUCUCCCAGCGGUAGGGUUUCGCUCGUAUUUAAAGAGCCCAUCAUCUGAAGGCUAUGUAUCAAGUUUAAAUGGUGUUAGCCACCAUGUACCAGAACUACUUAAUGAAAAUGAUAUAGGGCUCUCUGAGACAAGCAAACUUCACGAGGAUUGUAUAAAAUCCCCUGUGGUUGAGACUGUACCUGUUUAAUGGGGUAUACCUGACCAAUCAUGAACUCAGUGAUCUUCUUUAAUUGUGAUUUAUUGAUUUACUUUAAAAAAAAAAAAAAUUUUAACCACUGACCAUAUAGAGAAGAAAACUAUUUCCUCCUAAUUCUAUUUGAUUAAGUUUCUCAUUUUAUGUCAACAUCACCAUGGCACUGCACAACGAUGCUUAACAAUGUUUAAAAAAAAAGUAUUUAAACAAAUUUAUUAGGAAAUGUUAAUUUAAAUAUGUUAAUCUUUAUAUAUUCAAAAGUAGCCUUCUGCUGAAAAGAUGACACCUGCCAAACCAACACAAUCAAGACUUUCUAUAUUGAUUAACGGGUCUGUGCAAGAUCGCUGUAUGACUCUUUGUCAGGGCAAGAGAACCUGUGGCUUUCAGUCUUGUUGUUGAACUACAAGUCCCAUUGUUACCUACCAACUGGGCUUUUUUGUCCAGCCACAACUUGAAAAUCAUAGGUUGCUAAAAGCCUGCUAAGCCUGUCUUAAGUUUCUUAAAAGACUUCAUUGUGAUAUUGUGAUAAAAAAUAAUAUACUUAUCUGUGAUUUAUUUAUGAAAGUGGCAUAUUGUUAUUUCUGUGUUUUG